CGUCUCACUUUCGUUCUUUCUGUGUCGGCCUCUCUUUUAAAACCUAAACCCCUGUCGUCGCUCUUCGAAGAAGCUGCUUAAACCCUAUGGCCAUGGCUAUGAGAUUAGCGGCGGCGAGAGUGGCUCCGGCUGGGCCGCUCGGCUUAAGAACUGCGUUGUUCUCGACUCUAACUUCGUCUUCGCCGUUCGUUCCACCGCCGACUAAUCAAGCCGAGAGGCCUCCUCCAGCUGAACCCUCCACCAACCUCUUCGUCUCCGGGCUUAGCAAACGUACUACUACAGAAGGACUUAGAGAAGCCUUUGCAAAGUUUGGUGAAGUGGUCCAUGCUAGAGUAGUGACUGAUCGUGUUUCUGGAUAUUCCAAAGGCUUUGGUUUUGUAAAAUAUGCUACUAUAGAAGAUGCUGCAGAAGGUAUAAAGGGCAUGGAUGGCAAGUUCUUGGAUGGUUGGGUUAUAUUCGCAGAGUAUGCGAGACCAAGACCUCCUCUGCCUGCGAACAAUGCAGGACCAUCACCUUAUCCGCCUGCUUAUGGGUCCCCAUAUGGUCGUCAAUAAAUUAUCAGUGGAAUAAGCUGGUCAUUUCUAAGGUAUAUCACAUUGGUUUGGACAACAAUAUAGCAUUUGCAUUCCAGUUCUCUAUUUUGACUUGCUGAGAGCUUCGUGUUCUAUUAUUUGGAAGUUUAGUUUUUGGAGAUGAUUAAAUUAAGAAACUUGCGGACUUAAAUUGUUGUAUGAUUUUUUUAAACUUCUGCAUGAUAUAUGGAUGUGUUUCUGGAAUCAUCUUGAUUGUCUUCUAUA